CCUUUCGUCUUCUCCUUCCCCCACGCUUCUCUGAGCUCUCUCUCUCUCUCUCUCUCUCUCUCUCUAAAAGCGAAGUAUUUGAGGUUGAUGGGCGCGAGGAAGAGGGAGAGGAGGAUACUCGCCCUCACGGGGGCCGCGGCGCUUCUCGCUCUGAGCGUCAAUCUCAUCAUCUCCGCCAUUAACGCACACAAUGGGAGCUCGAAGAGGAAGAAGAAGAAGAGAGAUCUUCCAUGCUCAAGCGUCCACAUCAGUCUAUCGGCAUCUGAGAUUGACAGAUUAACUGAUCAUAUCAUAGCUAAAUCAAAGGACACAUAUGAUUUAGUUGCUUCAGUUCCUCUCGGCAAAGUUAGCUAUGCAAAUGUAAUCUCACCUUUGGCAGAAUUAGAAGCUCAGCAAUUUCCUUUGAUCCAAUCCUGUGUUUUUCCAAAAAUGGUGUCCACCUUGGAUGAUGUUCGCAAAGCAAGCUGUGAAGCAGAGAAGCGAUUGGAUUCUCAUCUCCUGAUGUGCAGAAAGCGUGAGGAUGUGUAUCGUGUUGUUAAGGCAUACGCUGAUAGAGGGGAGCAACUAGGCUCUGAAGCACAACGCUAUGUCCAGUGCUUGGUUAGAGAAUUUGAGCGGCAUGGUGUGAAACUUACUUUGAGCAAGAGAAAUGAAAUGGAGAAUUUGAAAUCUCGGAUUGAUGAACUAAGUUUGAAAUACAUUGAAAAUCUGAAUGCUGGUACUAAAUUUGUUCUUCUCAACGAACAAGAACUAGCUGGGAUGCCUCGUGAGUUCCUUAUGGAGUUGGAGAAAACUGAUGGCAAACUGAAGGUUCUCUUGACAAAUUUUCAUGUUACUCCAAUACUUGAGCAUUGUAAGAUUGGGGCCUCCAGGAAGUUGAUAGCUGUAGCUUAUGGCCAGAGAGGCGGCGCAGAGAAUCUUGAUAUUUUAGAAAGUUUGGUUGAAUCGCGCCACAAAUUUUCUCAAUUGCUUGGUUAUUCGAGCUAUGCAGAAUUGGUUCUUGAACCUAGAAUGGCGAGGACAUCUUCAAAGGUUUUUGAGUUUCUGGAGGAGGUCUCAGCAAAUUUAAAUGACUUGGCAACUAGAGAGCUCAAAGUACUUAAAGAUUUGAAGAGAAAGGAGGAGGGGGAUUCUCCAUUUGGGAUGGAAGAUUUUCUGUUCUACAUGAGGAGGGCUGAAGAACAACAGCUUGAUCUCGAGUUUGGAGAAGUUAAACAAUACUUUCCUGUCAGUCUGGUUUUAUCAGGAAUUUUUAAGAUAUUUCAGGAUCUUUUUGGUCUAAGAUUUGAAGAAGUUAAGGAUUGUGAGACCUGGCAUGAUACUGUUCGCUUGUUUGCUGUUCGGGAUGUAACUUCUAAUGAUCUCUUGGGUUACUUUUACCUUGAUACCUUUUUCAGGGAAGGGAAGUUUGCUCAUACUUGUGUUGUGCCACUUCAAAAUGGAUGGCUAGCUUCUAAUGGUACACGAAAGGUUGCAAUUGCACUAUUAAUAUCACAGUGCCCAAAACAAAUAGAUGGUAAUCCAGCUCUAUUACGAUUCUCUGAAGUUGUGAGCCUCUUCCAUGAGUUUAGUCAUGUGGUCCAUCAUAUGUGCAAUAGAGCAACAUUUUCUAGAUUUUCAGGGCUACGAUCGGAAGGAGAUUUCAUUGAGAUUCCAAGUCAGCUUCUUGAAAGAUGGUGUUAUGAGAGCGUAUCUCUGAAAAUGAUGUCCGGUUUUCAUCAGGAUAUGACAAAGUCCAUCACGAGUGAGAUGUGUAAAUCUCUGAAAAGAAGGCAUGAUUCGUUUGCUGGCCUGAAACUGAAGCAAGAAAUUCUGCUUUGCCUUGCUGAUCAAAUAAUACAUUCUAGUGAGAAUGUUGACAUAGUAGAGUUACUCAAGCACCUCCAUCCUAAGGUAAUGCUGGGUAUACCUUUGUUGGAAGGGACCAACCCAGCGUCAUGUUUCUCUCGACUUGCCAUCGGAUACGAAGCCAUUUGUUAUAGUUACAUCUGGAGUGAGGUUUUUGCUGCUGAUAUUUUUGCGUCAAAGUUUCAAGAUGAUUUGCUAAAUCACUACGCAGGGCUGCAGUUCAGGAAUAAGGUAUUGGCGCCGGGAGGAGCAAAAGAUCCCCUCGAGAUCCUAUCUGAUUACCUCGGAAGAGAACCAUCCAUUCGGCCCUUCAUUGAGAAUAUUUCGGUUUCUUCAUUUAAGGAACCAACAAUUCUCAUUCUGGUACGGUCCAAAACCGCACCCUUGGAUACAAAUGAUUCGACAAGCACUGUAGUGCUCGUAAAGAUGCUUCAAAAUUGGACGGAAAAGUAUUUCUGCGACCGAUAUCUCCCUUUCACUCCAUUGUUGUGAGUAGAUGAUGUGUGUGGUAUGUAAUAUCUGAUGCUUGAGUUCUGAGAUAUAUUGGUUGCGAAGAGAUUCCAAAAUUGGCUAGUGAUAGAGACUUAUCACAUAUAUCUUAUGCAAAGUCUCCUAUUCUAACUGUUAGGGAGGUCACUUGCUUAUCACAUCCCUGUCAUUUUAUGGGACCACUUUAAUGUGUCUCAUCAGAAAUACAGAGCUUAAGACACAUUUAUCAAA